CUGCACUCCAUGUGGUUUAGAAUUUUCACUUAUCAUUGAUAUACACAAUUGAGCAUUCUCUUCUUUGGUAAAUUGGUUGAGAAUUGUUUUCAUUUAUCAUUGAUAUAUACAGUUGACAGUGAUUCCCCUCUUCCCUUCCCUUUGUUUCCACAAAUCUUUGCAGUUUGGAAACCAUGUAUUCUGACCUGCCCAUCUCAUCAGAAGUCCGUUGCCCUACAGAUCGAUCAGGUAAUCUCAUAGUUCCUCAGAAACCAGCGUUUGCAGAUGGUGCCCACAGAGAACCCAACUCUUCACAGCAGCAUGGUCAUGAUGACAUCGACGUUUUGCCUCUUAUUUUCAACGAGACUAGAAGUGGGUCUGGCGUUCCCGGCGCCGUCUUCAACUUGGCAACGUCGAUUAUCGGUGCCGGAAUCAUGGCCCUCCCAGCAACGAUGAGAGUUCUGGGAUUGUUGCUUGGUUUUGUGUCCAUCAUUUUGAUGGGAAUUCUCUCUGAGUUCAGUAUUGAGGUUCUGGUUAAGUUUGCUGCUCUUAAGAGAACUACUUCUUACGGGGAAACCGUCGAAGUUGCUUGUGGCAAGUCUGUUAGGGUGAUCUCCGAGAUCAGUAUAAUUGUUUAUAAUUGUGGCAUUUUGAUUGUUUACUUGAUCAUCAUGGGGGAUGUCUUGUCCGGUUCAUCGUCUCAUAAGGGGGUUUUCGAGCAGAUGUUAGGGAAACAGGGGUGGUGGGAUGACAGAAGACUAGUAAUCUUCCUCCUGUUGAUCUUGGUAUUGGCCCCCCUCUGUUCUCUGCAAAAGAUCGAUUCUUUGAGCUCGACAUCGGCCGCUUCCGUCGCUCUGGCAGUGGUUUUCGUCGUGGUUGCUUGCGUUGUCGCCUUCGUUAAGCUCGUGGAAGGAAAAUUAGAGGCUCCCAGGCUACUGCCUGAUGUUGGUACCAGGAGGGCUGUUCUUGAUCUGCUUGUUGUGAUCCCAAUUAUGACUAAUGCUUAUAUUUGCCAUGCCAACGUUCAGCCUAUAUACAACGAGUUAGAAGGGAGAUCUGUGAAGAAGAUGAUCAAGGUUGGAAGGAUUUCUGCUGUACUAAGUGUUGUUGUAUAUGCAUUCACUGCAACUUCUGGAUACCUCUUGUUCGGGAAAGGCACGGAUUCUGACGUACUGACAAAUUUUGACAGAAAUCUUGGAGUUCCUCAUAGUGCAGUUAUCAAUUACAUUGUUCGAAUUUCGUAUGUGAUACAUCUGCUGCUUGUUUUUCCUGUGAUACAUUUCAGUCUUAGAAACACAGUAGAUGCUGCCAUUUUUAGGAGCUCUAUUCCCCUGCAGGAGUGCAGAAAGAAGUCCUUGCUUCUGACUUUUGUGUUGCUGGCAUUGCUAUACUUGGGUUCUGCGGUGAUUCCUAACAUUUGGGUUGCCUUCAAGUUCACGGGCACGACAUCCGGCCUCGCCUUGGGAUUUUUUUUCCCGUCUCUUAUAGGAUUACGCUUAAAUGGGCAAGGGGAGAGCUUAAGCUCUAGACAGAAGAUGCUUCUAAGGUUGAUGCUUGUGUUGGCAUUGGUAACAGGAAUAAUAGGAGUUGUAGGAAACGCUUACAGCAUCAAAGAACCAGGAAAGUGAUUGGUUUGAAGCUCUUUAGAGCAAAAAUAGCUUGAGUGGCAUAUGAAUCUAUCUACCCUCAACUUUAGGACAACAUUUGAUUUCUUCUCAGCUUGCAACUGCUUAAUUUUGGAGCUCUCUUUCCAGAGGCGGUUUUGGUGAAUGGCACCGUUGGACUAGAAAAAU